ACUCUUAUUUGAGAUUGAAUCCCAGCCCUAGUUACCAUGCAACGAGACGCUUUUGAGUUGCAGUCUUUAUGAAAAUGAACUCGUUAGCUAUCUAAUAUUUAUCGCUUGAACAAAAAAAGCUUUGGUGAAUAAUAUUAUAUUUGGUGAAAUAUAUAUGGUGGUGUGAGGUUUUCAGGUUAAUAGUCGUAGUAAGAUAUGUUUGUCAUGUAGCUAGCUCCACAGCUCGGUUUAGCAGUAGGUGCUAUGGCUGACGGAUGGUGUACUGACAGCGGGGAAGCUGUGUACCGCUCCCGGGAUGCGGUGAAAAACCUCAAAAUAAGAGUCCGGAUUGAGCGAGUGACCUCAGCAGCAGCUCUCGCGCACCAUCUGCAACAGCAACACCAGCCGGAGCAAGGCAUCCUCGAACUCAUCCCUUUAAUCUCUCAAACGCGAUCAGCUGGUGAUGAAGAAGAGCUGGUGGUUGGCUGGCAGGAGAAACUGUUCAGUCAGUAUGAAGUGGACCUGUACCAGACCGAGUCGGUGUGCCAGACACCGCUGGAAAAACAGUAUCACGCAGAAAUUGUGGAAAUGGAAAGAUGUAAAAGAAGACAAAAUCAGCGCAUUUUUACCUACACAGACUUUGAUCGCUUCACCAACUGGGAGGAGCAGGCUCAGAGUUUGCUAAGUCCAGCGCAGAGCAGGCCGACCUUCCUUGCAGAGCGCAUGGCAAACGUUAGACACAGACGCCAAGACAGACGGCCAGCAGACUCCAACAUUCCAAAGGCUCGUUUAGUAGUAUGGGAGCCAUCCAGAGAGUUUAUGAAGAGCAGCCACAUUGUCAACACACCAAUGCAGACCAUGCACAUCAUGGCGGAUUUGGGACCUGCUGGAAAGCUGGGGUUGAAGGAGAACGAAUACGUCUUGUGCACCAUAAAAGCCGACAGUAAUGGAGUCCUUGCAGUGAAACCUGAUUUCAACAACGGCAGAGGACCCUACAGGCUAGAGACGGAGGGAGAAAAAAGAGAAGUUUGGCGGCUCUACCUGGAGAACGCCUCUGUUCCCAUAAGCGCAGAGGAGAAACAGCGGGAACAGCGCAUGUACAGAGAUCUGUACAGCCGCCAUAAAGAUUAUCUCAGCAGCCUUGUUGGCCAGGAUUUUGAAAUGCCACCUCCAGGAUUUCUUCGUCUGAUCGUUAAUGGAGAGAUAGUUUCUGCACAGGGCUAUGAAUAUGACAACUUGUAUGUUUACUUCAUCCUGGAGUUGCCAAACAACUGGUCCAGUGUGCCAUCUCAGAGCCUGUCAGGUGUGACUCAAACAUGCCGAACGCGAACAUUAGGCAAGGACAAUGUGGCUUUCUUCUCCUACCCCUUCAGUUUUGAGUCCUUCUUCAGGAAAGAAGACGAUUCAGAGGAGUCUUUGCCUCAGUGGCCCGUGCUGUACUUCAAGGUUCUCUCCCUGGACUUCUGGCAGCGCUACAGAACCGAGGGCUAUGGGUACAUGGUCAUACCUGCGACACCUGGGUCUCACAGAUUGACCUGCCACACCUGGAGGCCCCUGCAGACCGGCACAGUGGCUGAACUGAGACGUUUCUUUAUUGGUGGCGCUCCUGAACUCGAAGACAUCAGUGACGUGAGAAUACCAGGAACAUUCAAGGGGGAUCAUCUGAGCCGGUUUGGGUUUCGCACACAGACGACGGGGAGCGUCACUUUCAACCUAAACUGCAUCCAGCAUUCUCGGGCGUUUGUGGAAGCCAAUGCUCUGAAGAAGAGACGGCAGACUGUUUUGGACCAGCUGGGUGGCCAUAGUCAGAAAGGAUCUGUUUAUAAUGUGCUAGAGGCAUUCCAGAGGGCUCGUAAGCGGAUGCAGGAAGCCAGAGAGAGUCUGCCCAGAGAUCUGAUCAACACCACUGGACUCAACACCGAAUCAUCAGCAUGAACAUGUUGCGGUCUCUUUCUCAUCAAGAGUAAAGAAGUUCAGUGUUUUAUACAGUAUGUGUACAUAGCUAGUAUGUAUAAAGACAUGCUUUUUAAUGUAAAGUUCAAUUUUUCAUACGAUGAAUUUUUUUAAUUUCACGUAUUAUGUUUUUUGACUAGUUUUAUUUUUGCACAAAGGCUAAAAGUAAAUUAGGAAAUAAUGUCUGUUUGGUUUUGGGUAUUAACUUACUAAGAAAUUAUUGAGAGCAAAAUAAUCACCACUGAAAAGAUUCAUUACAGACACCAAGCACCACCACACAGUGAGCAGCAGAGAGCGCCAGAAUUCAAUUUUUCACUUCAAUUUUAGUUGUAUAGUGCUUUUAACAAUGUCACAAAGCAGCUUUACAGAAAUAAAUACAUUCAUGAUAUAAAUUGUAAAUGUAUGAAUUUAUCCCUAUUCUAUGAACCCAAAAUCUACAAUGACUACAUGCCAUUGAAAUCUUACAAACCAUACUGAUUUAUUAAUAUUACAUUACAUUAGUUUAGAGGAAAAGAUCAUGAUUUUAUUGGAUAGUUUUAAAUGAAAUUAGUCCAAAUCAAGGCAAUUCAAUUUUUGAAUAAUUUAGUUUAUACUUCUCUCCAGAAAAAAAAAGGUCUCCACAGCAAAAUCUUCUGGACUAAAGAAACUGAUAUUUUUAUUACGGAUAUUCUUACUCUGAGAUGUCUCUCACACGUCUCUAGUGAUAAAAAUCCUGACUUUUUUCAGCAACUCAGAUCACAUUUACAUUGUGGAAUGUCUGUGAAACAAAUUAGUUCCUGUUAUCCCAGUUAUAGGAGUUGCAAAUAGUCAUUCCCUCACCAACCUCUUUUUUUUUUUUUUUCUCUCUCUCUCCUGAAGUUAAUAAGACAAAAACACAGCUUGUGAUCUUACUGAGAAACUGCAAAGUCCUCUGUCCUGAUUUCAGGUGAAGGAAGACAUACCGACUGUAACAUUUUGUAUUUUGUUUGUUAUUAGGCUUUGAUUAUGUGGAGUGUCCUUCAUUACAGUCUGCUGCAAAUGAGCUGUUACUAUAGAAAUUAUACCAUAUUCGAAUAAGCACACUUAUAUAAACCUCGACGCUGGAACUAUUUUCAGAGCUGCUACUAGAGAAAAUUCAUCAACAAGGUCAUUUUGACCAGUCCGAUUCAAGAAUUCAACAGCGCUGUGGUAUAAGGCUGUUAUAAACCGUUUGAUUCAGGCCCCACACUUGCGGCAGGUGGCGCGACAGGCCAGCGUUGAUUAGCAUACACUCUGCAUGUGUGUAUUAGUGUGUUUGGAGAGUUGAGAGACAGUGUUAAAGAGGGGGUGAGGAACAGCUGUGCAGGGUCAGAGUGGAUCUCACAGCUGUGGAGGACGGCUGUGUACUUUAUUUGAGACGCUCUUCAGAAACCCGGCUUCGUGUGCUACAGUCUCCAGGGAGGACAAGACAAGACAAAAACAUUUCACAUCUUAACCCAGAAUUUUGAUGUUCUGCUUUUAUUAUUGGGGUCCAUCAGGGAUCACCCCAAACUGAAUAUUUUGUCCUACAGCAGCACAGUGUGAAGUUUUAUUCUUCUUAUAUUGAAGUUAACAAGACAAAUGGUUGUAGGUUGCCAUGUUACUCCUUCAUUCUGAAGAUUUUUCCAUGGUGGAAAACCUACUGCCUACAAAUUGCUGACACUGGAGGUUCCUUCCAUAAAUGCUAAAUAAAUAUCUCCUUGCAGAAAGCUUCGCCAUGUAAACAAUAUUGUUUUUCUUCGUUAAAUACCAACAAUAGUGCUUUAGUAUCCAGAAGAUGUCAGUAUUGUUUCAUUUCUGUGAUGAAAUUGGUGAUUUUAUGCAAUUACUCCAUGUAUACAAUUACACCCAGCAUAUAACAAGUCAUGUGUAACUAGACCACUUGUCCCCUGGUGGGAGAAGCCUGUCUGAAAUUUGCUUGCGUGACCUCUUGAAUGCCACCUGUGGUUUAUUUUCUAAAAGAAAGUCAAGGCUUAAUUAUCCCUAAGCGCCACAGCAGCUGGCCCAAUCCAUACAACUUCAUCAGUCAAAGUCUGUGUUAUUGAAGCUCUGAAACAACACAAUGCCUUUACACUGGCUGACAUUUUUAUUUUGGGGGCAGAAGCAUGAAACAUUUUCUCUACUCCAGCAUGGCACUUCUAUGAAGUUCUUAGAUGCAUCCCUCAUGUAAUGUCUGCACCAUAAAGUUUUGGCCUAAAGUUUUUUUCUCCAUAGAUCUGUCAUCUAUAAUUACAUUGUCCAUAGUUUUACUCCCUGUCACUUCUACAAGCUACAGUUAUUUUCUCCAUGGAUCCUUCACCCAUAUUUACUUUCACAGUGGAUCUGUCAUCCACAAUUACUUUCUCCAUGGAUCCUUCACCCAUAGUUACUUUCCCCCUGGAUCCUUCACCCGUAGUUAUUUUCUCUAUGGAUCCUUCACCCAUAUUUACUUUCACAAUGGAUCUGUCAUCCACAGUUACUUUCUUCUUGGAUCCACCACCCAUAUUUACUUUCUCUGUGGCUCCUUCACCCAUAAUUACUUUCUUCAUGGAUCCUUCAACCAUAAUUACUUUCUCCAUGGAUCCUUCAACCGUAAUUACUUUCUCCAUGGAUCCUUCACCCAUAGUUACUUCCUCCUUGGAUCCAUCACCUACAGUUACCUUCUCCAUGGAUCCUUAACCCAUAGUUAUUUUCUCUUUAAAUGCAUCAGCUCUAGUUAUUUUCUCAAUAUAGCCAUCACUUGGAUUGCACAGUGGUGAAACGAGCAGCUCCGGAGUUUUUGGUUCAGUCCUGAGCUUGGGUUACUGUCUGUAAAUCUCCUCAUGUCUGUGUGGGUUUCCUCCAGGUUCUCUAGUUUCCUCCCACCUCACAAAAACAUAGCCACUAGGUGUGUUAGUAAAUAAUCCCCGUAGGUGAGAAUGAGUGUGCCUGUGCCAUGCAAUAGACUGGUGUCUGAUCCAGGGUGUACUCCUGCCUCACACACAGUGUUCCUGGGAUAGGCUCUGUAUCCAUCGCAACCCUGACCUAGAAGAAGUGGUUACCAACAAUGAAUGAUUGAAUGAAUGACUAUCCAUUAUCUAUCGUUAUUUUCUCCCAAUUGGGGAGCUGUAGUCGAGCAUUUUACUCCACAUACUGCGUUGGAAGCUGGCCUGACUAAAGACAGGGAUAAUCAAAAAGCAAAUAUUGAUGUCUCCGGAGCACGAAUUCCUGCCUUAACAAAUCAGCUUUUGCAAAUAAGCAUUGUCAAGCCAUUCUCGGAAAUCCAUUCGUUAAGGCAAACAAGCAGAUCAGACCUCAGCUUUUGGGCUGUGUAACUAUCAGAACUAUUGUUAGUUUUGUUUCAGUUUGGUUCCAAACACCUCAGGGCAAAGUUCUCAUUAUUCACCUAAUGUUCAUCUCUAGAUAUGGGAUAAUGUAGAUAAAUAGAUACAGCAUAUCUAUAACAUCAGUGUACAGUGUUACUGGGCUGAGCUAAGCUGUAACAGCUAUAACAGAUCUCAAACACAGAUAAAUACAGUGUGUGUUUGACUGCUUUACUAUUUUCCAUGAGUAAAUAACAAACAGAGUGUAGUGUAAACUAUGUAUCAUAUACCUCUUUGUGGCAGUGGCAAGGCCUAUAUCUGUGCUGUCAAGGCCAUGUGUAAUCCCUGCCUUACAAAAAAAACCUGCUUUACACUGAGUGCUGUGUGACACACUGGGUGAUCCUAUUUUUGACAGUAGGGCACACACACACACGUUUGUCUUACUGUCUUUGUGAGGACUUACAUUUGACAAUUAUUAAUGCACCUAAUUUAACCUUUGAGGGGAAAAAAGGUCCUCACAAGGUCAAGACUUCACAGAUGUCACAUAUUCCUAUCAUAAAGAAUAUAUUUGGCCCCAUUAAAAAGAUAAAAACAUGGCCACACACACACACACACACACACACACACAAUCCCUCUUUCACACAAACACAUGCACAGACACACUGAGUGGCUUGUCAUGGAAUAUGAUCAUAUCACAUUUCAUAGACGGCUGUCAAAGAAGUGUGUGUGUGUGUGUGUGUGUGGUGGAGGGGGCGCCUGCUGAUGUGUCAUCACACUUGGCUCAGUGCCAAAGAAGACACCUUCCACACCAAGCACUCAAAUGCAGUUCCAAUAAAGCGAUUUGUCUCCAAUUCGAUGACAUCAUCAACAAUGAAAGCUUUCAAAAAUUGCUACAUAGUACAGAAUCAAGCCUCAGUGAAAACCACAUUACCCAUAAUUCAAGCUGUUUGAAUAGCUUACUUGUCUGAAACAGUCUCCCCCCCACAAUUCAGCAUACCUUCAGAUCACCGCCAUGUGAUUUAGUGAUUGAAGCACGGUUAAAGCGUUGACGUAAAGGCUAAGGAAUUCUAGGGAGAGCAUUAAAAGUGCUGAAGUAUGUGAUUCUGGCAUCCUCCCUUCUGAUAUAAUACAUCUUAUAAUCAGAGGAUUUUUUUUUUUCAUCCAGCAGCUGUCUGGCAACAUGUGCCUUGAGGAGAGAAAAUUGAAACUCCGUUUUUAGUGACAACUGCACAUGCUGGGCAAACCUACUAACACACACAUCCAGGCCCAGUUAAGCACAUGUAAGGGUGUAUCCAAAACACCAGCCUUAGAAUUCAUUAUAACAAGUGACAGCCAUCAAGGAAUAUUCAAAAACAUUGUUUGGGAUGGUGUGGUUCACAAAAAUGAGCCACUAUUUAUGAGAAUGUUAUAACUUUGUCCUGUUGUACAGUGGCUUGCAUGAGUACUCACCUCACUUGAACUUUUCUGUAGUUUUGUAUUGUUACAACCUGAUACUUAAAUGGACAUAUUUGGUAUUAUAUAUCAUGAAUCUACACAAAAAUAGCGCAUAAUAUUGAAUUGGGGGGAAAUAAAAUACAGCCUGCAUAAUUGUUUACAAAUAAUUUUUUUAAAAAUUGCUGUGAAAUCCCUAAUUUAGUUCUGGUGCAGCCAGUUGGCAUCAGAAGUCACAAUUAGUUGAGUAGAGUUGAUCUGUAUGUAAUUAAAUGUCAUGUGAUCUCAAUAUAAAUACACCUGUAUUUAUUCCUGGAAGACCCCAGAACUUGUUACAGAACACACCUAAACAACAAACAGCAUCAUGAAGGAAACCGAGGAGCUAUUAAAACAAGACUGGUG